AUGUCGCCCCAAAGCAUUUCUCAGCGCCAGGGUGUCAAAGGUGACGGUCCUGUGCCGCAACGCAACGCUCUCGACGCCUUAAAACGACCCGAAACCAUGAAAAAACAACAACCAGAUCUCAAACUUCGCUGCCCCAUCCGUGCUCAUGCCGACAAAUGCCUUGAUGAUGGCAUGCAGGUUGGGUUGCUCGCCUGUGAGAAAGGCAAGACCUUCCCAGCGAUAGACAAACUCAAUGAACAUCUAUCCCGGGUCCAUUCGCUCAAGUACAUAUGUCUGCCCUGCAAGACGAAAUUCCCGUCCGUCAACAAAGCUGAUCUGGCAAAACUGAGGCACGACCAUCCUUGUGAAGAGAAACCCUGGCCUAAGGAAGGAAAACACGUCAAUCAAUGGAACUUGAUGAGCCAGGAGCAGCAUGAUCGAUGGUCCGUCUGGACAAGGUCUAACAAUGAACGCCGCCAACCUGAAGAUGGGCAACGAGAAAAGAAAGCGUUUUGGAGCUGGAGGAAGAUUUAUGAGAGGCUCUAUCCAAACACCGUCGACUUUCCAGCUGCAUUUUUUCCAGCGGAGCGAUUGGGUGAUGAUGAUAAGACGGCUUCCAAUGACAAGGAGAAGAGCAUUGACACUCAGCCGAGAGUGGAGGCAGAACAAACUCCUGUCGCCAACACUGGAGUCCCAUCCAGACCACCGACAGGCCCAAACUUUCUCAAGAGCAACGACCCGGUCUGGUUUGUGAAUCCUCUCUCCGCCGACUUGGGGGUUGAUCAGCAACGCUGCCCAGAAACAGAAAGCAGCGUCUCAUGGCUCGAAACCUCGACUGGCCCUGGCUCCAUGGCAUACUCAUCGACAUCGGGUACUACUGACUAUCUGAGGCCACAGACUCCCUCCUACAAUCCCUUCACUAAUGAAAAUGCGCCUGAUUGGGUAUUCCACAUUGGUGAUGCUCAGCCUUACACUGUUGAGAGGGAAAUGGACAUCUUCGGUGGGAAUCCGGAGGAUUUCAUCAUCCAGGAGGCCCAAGCUUUCCCGAAGUGA